AUGGCUACGCCAAUGCUGCUCAUGGCCUCAGAACAGAGCACAACACAAGAACCCACUAAAACCCUUGUCGGGUUCUACGAGGAAUCCAAACCCGAGUCCACCAAAUCCACCAAAGGCACUAAGAAAUCCGGCAAAGCCUCAAACUCUAAAAAGCAACCACAAAGAGGUCUUGGUGUUGCUCAGCUGGAGCGCCUGAGGCUCCAAGACCGCUGGAAGAAAAUGACGGAACUGCCCCAACCGCAACCCCAACCCCAAGUUAUCAAUCUUCCUGAUCAUCAUCAGUACCAGAACUUUCAGCACCAGAACCCCACCAGAACCCUACCCGGCCCACUUGCCAGUGUUCCAGUACAGUACGGUGCAUCCAGCUACAAUGGACCACUGCUGAUCAAGGGCUCUGGUGGUAAUGGCUUGUUUGGUUUUGUGGGUCAGAGGGUUGGGAAUGGUUCUGGGUUUGGUUAUGUUGGAGGUAAUAAUUUGGUGGUGGACCUAAACCCGAGUCCUUACGCAAUCGGGGCUCCGGAUCCGGGGUUUGAAGUUGGGGCUGUGUAUGAGACCUCGAAAGAGCUCUCUUCAAUACCAAAGGUUCAACCUUUGUCUUCUGAUUGCUGUGAUAUCUGCUGCAAGAAGCAGAAGAAGAGGCUCAAUAGUCGGAAUUACGUGGGCUUAAACGGCAGGAGUGGCAAAUCUGCGGCUACUUCACCAAUCAACAGUUCUGGUUUUCUCAGAUUGAACCCGGAAGCCGGUGGUGGCCAAGUGGUGGGGAGAAGUACAGCUCACUCAGACUACCGCAAUGAUGAUCAGGGUGUAGAGGUUAGGGCAGUGCACAGAAAAGGGAGCUCAGCUGGUGGUGGUAUUUUCAUGGAAUAUGAUUUCUUUCCAGCUGCUGGUGGCAAAAGUAGUGAGAUGAGAAGAGGCACUUGUCCCAAGGAGACAGAGAUGUGGCAAACAGCAGAAGCUUCAGUUUCAGUGGGGAGCCAUGAAGAACCUUCUGAUAUUACUGCUUCUAGUUAUGGCUAUGGGAUUGGGGCUGACAGUUAUCAUAAUCCUGUUGAUUUGUCACUCAAGCUUUCAUUUUAG